UCCUCUCUCCGCUUCUUUCUUUCUUCCUUCUCCAUCCUCGUCACACUUGAAGCUAUCGGAGAUGAAUCUUUUGGGGAAGGCCCUCAGGUUCCUGUACGCCCAUUGUUGGCAGCCGUCCGUCUUCGGCGACUCCGACUCCCUCGGCCCUCACGGCGUCUCCGCCGCGACCGUCGGCGUCUCGGCUCUUGCCCAAGAUCUGCUCAACUUCGAAAUCACCUCCAAGGUUCCUGAGGGGCUAAGCAACCAUGUGGUUUCUUCCAGGAAAGCUCAGGCUAGUUGGUAUAGAAAGCUACUAGUGGCAUGGAGGGAAUCACAUCCUCCUCCAAAAACACCCGAAGAAGCAUCAAGGCUUGUUCUCCAGACCCUGAAGAAUCACCAGAAGGCUGAUGUUGAGGGUUUGUUGGCUUUCUAUGGCCUACCUCUUCCUCACACCCUGGUUGAGGUCACAGCCGAAGUUCCAGUGGCAUUGCCUCAAGGAGUGAUGUUUGAGUUUCACACACUUCCAGUGGAUGCAAGGGCUGUGGCAGAUGGCGACACCAUUACCGUGUACGUUAGCACUUCUGAUCCGAGAGAAUCGUGCUUGGUCCCACAAGACGUCCAGAUUGCGGCCCUCGAAAGAUCAGAAGCCCGUGCUCAGAGGGACUACAAUCGUGCAGAUGCACUGCACAAAAGUAUUGUCGACGCUGGAUAUCGGGUAUUAAAUGUUCAAAAUGAGGAAGUCCUUGCUCGGAAGUACCGAAUUCGGCUCAGGGGGAUAGAUGCUCCAGAGGGUUUGAUGCCAUACGGCAAAGAGGCUAAGGACGAGCUUGUAAAGAUUGUUGAAGGAAAGUGUUUGAGAGUUCUUGUGUAUGGAGAAGAUCGAUACAGCCGGAGCGUAGGAGAUAUAUACUGCAAUGGCAACUUUGUACAGGAGUUGAUGCUCAAGAAAGGGAUGGCAUGGCAUUACGCAGCAUACGACCAACGCGCAGAGCUUGCAAAGUGGGAGAAGAAUGCACGGGCAAAGCGCGUAGGCUUGUGGGCUUCACCAAACCCUGAGGAGCCAUGGGAAUGGAGGAAGAAUAAACGAGAGGGGAGAUGACUUCACCCGAAUAUGAUUCAGCCUUUCGCCAUCCUGGGGAAAUGCAGCUGGCCAAGCAUUGAUGCACUGGGAUACUCAUAUCUUUCCGAAUGAUACGAUCAAUAUGCUUUAUCAUCUGUCGUAAUGUAUGCAAAUCUACUGCAAAACCUCGGACAGCCUUAGCCAAAUCAUCAUAUAAGAUCAGUGAAGGAUCUAAUGUACUAAGCUCUGCUUGUU